AUGAUAGAUGAAGAAAAUAAUGAAAUAACAAGUGAAAUGGAGUUUCAAGCAAAAUUAGAAAAAAUUUUUGAAAAAGAAUCUAAAGAAGAUUUUGCUUAUUCAGAAAAAAUUAGAAAAAAAAGACAAUUAGCUAGAGAAAAUUUUCAAACAUAUGUUAAAAAUAUGGAAAAAGCUGAUUAUGAUGUUAGAUAUGAUGAAGGAUGGCAAUCAAUUUUAUAUCCAUUUGGAAAAUGGACAUUAGAUAAUGAAUUAAUGGGUCAAGCAGGAAGAGAAACUCAAACAAAUCUUGGAUUUGAUUGUCCAUAUUUUGGAUAUCGUUUUAAUUAUACUUUUGUUUAUCCAAUGGGUUUUGUUUCAUUUGCUCAACCAUCUUUUCAAUUACCACCAUUUACUUUUCCUAAUCCUGAAUGGCCAAAAGAAAGAGAUCAUUCAUUUAUAGCACCUUUUUAUGCUGAUGCUGCAUUUCAAAGAAUAGGAAAUGUUAAAAUAUCUAAUGUAUUUUUUAGAUCUGUUCAUAGACCAAGACUUGAUGAUGAUGAAUUUUUUAAUCCUUAUAAUCCACAAAGUAUAAGUUCUAGUGGAAAUAAUAUUAAUUAUAAUUCUCAACAACAAAUAAAUAAUCAACAAACUAAUAUAAAUUAUAAUACAAAUACAUUUGGUAAAAAAAGAAAAAAAAGGCAAAUGCCUGGUAGAAUAAAUCAACCAGGAAUGGUAAUAGAUCCAUAUCUUUUAGAUAACAUAACUAGAGAUGUUCAAGAAGGUUAUACAGGAGCAAAUGGUUGGAGAGCAGAACAUGCAUUUAUUGUAACAUGGUAUCGUAUGGCAUAUGGUGGAGCUCCAAGAGCUUUAGAUGUAUCUCAAUUUGAUUAUGUUAAAGAUUGGCAAAAUACUUUUCAACUUGUUAUUGCUACAGAUGAAAUAAGAACUUUUGCUAUUUUUAAUUAUGCCCGUCUUAACUGGACUUCAAGUACUGAUGCUGGUGGUUUAAAUGGUUUUGGUGGUAAACAACCUGCUAUGGUUGGUUUUAAUGGUGGUAAUGGUACUGGAUGGUAUCCAUUACCAUAUUCUGGUGAAGGACGUGUAUGGAAAUUAGGAUAUUUUUCUAAUGGUGUAACACCAGGACGUUGGAUUCAUAGAAUUGAUGAAGUAAUAAUUCCUGGUGGAUGUUCAAAUGCUUCAACAGGUGGAGUUUUAACAGCUCCACCAUGGGGACCAAUGCAAGGUGGUAUAGCAGUCAAUAUUUCAGGUCCAUGUUUAAGAGAAAAAGAUUCUGUUAAAAUGUCUUUUGAAUCAUGGGUUGUUGACUGUAAAAGAAUAUCAGUUGCUAGAGCUCGAUGUAUAAUGCCAAUAUUUCAUAAAACAGGUCUUGUUAUUGUUAGAAUGAGUCGUGAUGGUGGAGCUAGUUUUCCAUUUACUGGUAAAUUUUAUGUUAUGUCACCACAUCGUUCUCCACCACAAGUUAAAUUAAAAGAUGAUGUUGAAAAAAGUAUUAAUAGAUGGAAUCAACCUUAUGCUGAUCAAUUAUCAAUGGCAUGGCAAUAUCUUAAUCUUACUUGGAGCACUAGUGCUCGAAUAGAUAUAUCAUUAUGGGGAUAUUGGGAAGAUGCUGAUAGAAGUCAUUUUGAAAAAGUUGAUAUUAUAGCAAAAAGUAUUGGUAAUACAGGAUCAUAUACAUUUAAACCAACACAAUUAUCAAGAACUAAUAUGUUAUAUGGUGCAUCAGAUAAAUUUCAUUUUGGUUUUGUUCAAGUAGCAUUAUCUGAUAUAGAAGAUGGUGUUUUAUGGAGUGGUAUAACACCAUUUCCUUGGUAUUAUCGACCAAUAUGGGAACAAGCAUUAGGAGCUAAUUGGGCAACAACUCUUUGUAUUGAUUGGUUUGAAUAUGAUGGUAAAAGAAGAAAUUUUAUUGCUGAUCUUACUCAAGGAAAUUAUAUUUGUCCAUGUAUUUUAUCACAAGCAUUACUUGAUUUAGGAAGAUUUAUGCCUGAUAUGACAUGUGAUAUGGAUGGUGAUACUAGUUGUCCUUAUAAUAAAGGUGCACAACAUUGUAUACAAAGUGUUAGUCCAACAUGGACAGGUGCUGCACAAGUAUGUUGUUAUGAUUUUGAAGGAUAUCUUAUGUUUACAGAUGAUUGGGAACCUGAUGGUGAUUAUACAACAUAUUUUCAACCAGGAACACCAUCUCGUGCACAUCCAUUUGGAGCAUAUCCAUAUAAAAAUCCACCAUUUAUACCUAGUUUAAGUCAUUAUCAAAAUGAUAUACUUCCAUAUCAAAUGUGUUGUCAUUAUGCUCAACAUUGUGAAUUUUAUUAUUGGAGAAGAAUGACAAAUGGAUGCCAAGAUUAUAAACCACCAGUAGCUGGUUAUAUUUAUGGAGAACCACAUAUUGUAACAUAUGAUGGAUUAAAAUAUACAUUUCCUGGAAAAGGAUAUUAUGUUUUAACUAUGUCUGAAAAUCCAAUUCAUAAAUUAAUGGUUCAGGUACGUCUUGAACAACCUGAUGAAACAUUAUGGCAUUCAAAUGUUAAUGCUACUGUUGUUACUGGUGUAGCUAUUCAAGAAAAUUCAAGUAGUAUUGUACAAAUUUUUGCACGUAAACCAAUGCGUCGUUGGAGAUAUCGAACAGAUGUUUAUGUUGAUGGUGUAAGAAGAUUUUUUGAUCAACCACAAUGGAAAUUUCAGCAAUUUAAUGGUAUUAAUUUAAGAAGUCCUCUUCUUAAUAUGGAUAUGUCUGAAAUAGUAGUUAUGUUAAAUUCUGGUGCUGGUGUUAAAGUAUCUGAAAGUAAUGGAAUGUUAGAUGUAAUGGUAUUUUUACCACCAUCAUAUAAUUCAACUUGUAAAAGUGGACAAAAUCCAGGAACAAUAACAAAUACAAAUAAUCAAGAACAAUGUUAUACAACAAUGGGAUUAUUAGGUACAUAUAAUAAAGAUUCUUCAGAUGAUUUAAUGACAAUAACUGGAACAACAAUGAGAGCAACAGGAGAUACAUAUACACAAUCAACAACACAACAAAUAUAUGAACAAUUUGGUCAAAAAUGGAUUAUUGAUGGUAGUAAUGAUCGUAUAGGAACACCACUUUUUCAAGAUGCUUUUAAACCAAUUUAUAAUCCUUCUUUAUUUGCUUCAUCUGAUUAUAUUCCAACAUUUUGGCCACAAACUAUAUCUAUUAAUGCUUCAAGAGUAUUUACUAUGGAUCAAGUUAAAGUUACUUGUAUGGAAGUUAAACCAUGUGAAUAUGAUUAUAUGUUAACUGGUAAUAGAGAAAUUGCUACAACAACACUUCAAAAACAUAAAUCAUUUAUAGGUCUUCAAAAAAAAGGUUCAAAAUUACUUAAAUCAUGUGGACCUUUAAUGAAAGGACAAGGUGUUAUAAAAACACCUCCAGCUGCUAAUUAUUUAGAAGGUGAUACAGUAACAUUUUCAUGUAAACCAAAUUAUUAUGCUCAUGGUGAUUUAGUAAGAACAUGUAGAAAUACAUCAAUAUGGUCAGAAGGAUAUUGGGUAUGGUGUAGAAAUAGAAAUUUAGAAAUUGGUUUAAAAUGGAUGACAGCUUUAUUAAGUAUUUUUGGAUUUUUAUUAUUAUUUACAAUAAUAUUUUGUAUAUUAUGGAGUAAAAGAAAAGAAAAAGAAAAGAAUUCUAUAGAAAAGGGUAAAAAUAUUAAAGCUAUAAAAAAAAGAAUAGUUACAUUAGAUAAUGAUAGUCCAAAAAAAUCAUUAUUAAGUAGAGAAGAUACAAAUAAUUUUAGUAUUUCUAAUGAUAAUAUAAAUAAUGGUAUUGUAAAACAAUUACAACCAUCAAAAGGUUUUGGUUCUGGUUUAGCAUUUUCACCAUAUUCUUCAAAAUUACCUUACAAUGAUAGUAAUUUUAAUAAUAAACAACGUUUUAAUGCACCACCUAGUGUUAAUGAAUCAGUAAGAGGUUUUGGUACUGGAAGUGCUUUUAAUCAACCAAUACAACAAAAAACGUCAAAACAACAGUUUUCUUCAACACCACCAAUAUCAAAUUAUAACACAAAUAAAAAUACAAAUAUAUUUGGAUCUUCUGCUAUCUAA